AUGUCUGUUUAUAACAAGAAGUUGAAGAGCCAAUGUUUAGUUUUAGCAUGCCCAGAGGGUGGUAGGUGGAGUAAUAUUCAACUCUUAUCGAUGCAGACCGUAAAAUAUGAGCGUUUCUACCUCUCUCAGAACAUUAAUGGUUUGGUUUGUUGGCUCAAAAAUAGUUUCGAUGAUAAUAAUAAAUAUGCAUAUAUUUGUAAUCCUAGUACUCGUGAACUCACGAAACUUCCCCUAAUUCAUCGAACUACACGUAGUAGUGGUAGAUCAUAUUCCUCUUAUCAUUUUGGAUUUGAUCCAUCUUCAAAGGCAUUUCAAGUGCUGAACAUCCGGAUUUCUCGGAUUGUUGGCCGACCUUAUUUCGUAGCCUGCCAUAUUUACACACUAGGUGGCAAAUCAUGGCGAAGGAUUCAUUCUGCCUUGCCUUUUGUUUGUAAUGACGACCUUCCUUGGAGCUUGUCAUCGUUGAAAAGCUGUCUGUGCCUAAACGGUGCAUUACAUUGGAUUCAUCUAGAUAUGAUAGUUAUUGUGGUUUUUGAUUUGAAAGAUGAGAAGUUUCGUAUUAUUCCGCUCCCAAAAAGUGUCGUGUUCAGGUCUAUAUCACCGAUACUUCUACUUCAAGUUGAUGGAAAUCUGGUUGUAGCAUGUAUUCCUGAAGAUUUGUAUAAUUAUCGCAACAUGAAGAUGGAGUUGUGGACAUUGGAAGAUUAUCAAAGGGAGGUAUGGAUCAAGGAAGACAUUAUCAUUCCAUUUAGAUGUGACUUGAACGAUUCUCAUGUUUAUGCCAUACCUACACUAGGUAAGAUUUGGCUAAAACCGACGACAUUAUUCAAUGAUGAAUCGUCGGGGGAGGAUUAUUUAGCAGAAUUUUUUUAUGAUGCAAAGAACAAGAGUUUUUCGAGUAUUAGAAUUCCUGAAUUAUCUGAAGGGUUUUUGCCUUAUGUUCAAAGUAUCACUAAUCAUACUGAAAGCAUCUUCUCUUUGAGCUCGCAACAAACAAAAGCCUUGAGCAGGAGUGGUAAAAAAAACCAUUUACUCUGA